AGGGGUACAUAUGAUAUUGACUGUCGGAUUCAUAAGCGAUGUAAAACCUUCGCAACGGGGAAGUUGAGGUCAUCAUUACUCAAUUACAGAAGCUCAAUGAUACGUUGCUUAAACUAUUCCGACUCAAGGCAAGAUGGCUUCGUAUAUCAUCCAUAUUCUACUUUACAUGUGUCUUAACCUGAGACUGAGAUUUGUUGUUGGCCAAGAUUACACCUAUCUUGGAUGUUUCUAUGACAAUAACAGAAGAGAACCCCUUCCUGAUCUGAUUUACUGUGAAAGAGAUACAUACCCUUACGAUUCAUGUCAGAAUACAUGUGGACCACAAGCUCAGUACUGUCAAUCUCAAGAGAUGACAAUUGAACUAUGCAGAGAUAUUUGUGCUGAUCAGAACAUGAGAUACUUCGGACUUCAAACAGGCACACAGUGCCUUUGUGGUGGAUUCUUUGCAUCUUAUAAUGUUCGGGGCCAACCAGAAGGGAAUGAUACAUGUAACAGACCAUGUUCAGGAAAUUCAAGUCAAAUGUGUGGAUCAGAUUUUCAAGCUAGCGUCUAUCAAAUAAAUGAAUCACCAUCAGACUGUUUUAAUCCAGGAUAUGUUUUAAACGGUGACCAAUCACAGCAGGAUAGUUCCUUUUACAACGCAAGUGACGUCAUCGAUUUCGCCACCGUCUGUCCACCACCGAGUAUCAAGGAUGGCGCCACAUCUAUCACGUGUACUGCAUCCGGGAACUGGACAAACCCUCCUCCUACCUGUACGGUCAGGUGUGUCACGCCCACUGCACCCAUGUAUGCUAAUUUCAGCUCAUGGCAGACAUUGAAUGACAACUACGCAGUCGAUGAUGAAGUCUUCUUUGAUUGUGAUAUGGAUCCUUCGAGGACGAAUCAAACAUUGACUUGUGGUUACUAUGGCGACUGGGAACCCUUGCCAAUGAUGGACCUGGAUUGUCCUGAAACCCCGCCAACGACUGAUGGAUCUACAACCACUAAUGUUACAGCUACAACUCCAACAACUGUUUCAUCAACAGCAUCUGUAAAUGAUUCAACAUCUUCUACAACAAAUGAAACAACAACUUUAGGAGGGCCCCCAACAACAGACUCGACCACAAUGUCCGUCUCAACAGCACCCACGUCGACAGACCAAACCACCUCGACAUCGUCCUCACCAAGUGCCUCACCAUCGAGCCCGUCACCAUCAAUGACUGACGACAGCACAACCCGACAGCCGAUCACGAUGACGUCAUCACCAGGCGGGCAAGACCCAUCCACACCCGUUGUUACAGAUGGCGGUGGUGGAUCAACAACUGUCAACAGAGAUAUAUUAACAGGAGAUGAUAUGAAUCUCGUACCAAUCAUCGUUGGAGUAGCAGCUGCUUUCCUCGUGAUCAUCCUCAUUAUCAUUGUCGUAUCCGUUUAUUGCUCAAGGAAAGGAAGGCAAAAGACGAAGAAGAUACCCUUUGACCCAGCCCUGGGAGCCAGUUUUGGAAACCCCGCAUUCGAAGAAGACGAGGAGGCCGAGACGGCGCGACGUGGUUUCGUGCAGGAGAACGACUACGGUGACAGGCAGACAUACGACAUCGGUGUAUCCGACUAUGCCAUGGCGAACGACGAGGUCGACAGGGCUCCACCGGAUGGGAAGGAUUCAUCGGUCUUCCUCCCUGACAACGGAACGGAGGACGUGACCUACGCGGUGGUGAACAAAAACAGACAAGACGCAGUGGAACCGUAGAAUAGUCUGAAAGUCCACCAAACGGUAAAAAAAAAAGCUAGUAUGCAAAUACUUUUCAUGAAACUCCUGGGGGCUCAGCCCUGCGUCUAAUAAUUAUGUCCUUAUUAUUCUCUAACAUUAAGACAACGUGCCCAUCAUAAAUAUUCAGGGAGAGCAAAUAUAGAAUUAUUAACUUCAGCAUUUCAAAUAAUGAUCAUCCUAACUAUAAAUCAUGUUUGUUUCGUUUUUUCAGCCCUCAGCUCAUUCUCUCUAGCUAUUUAUUCAUUUAUAUAUCUAUCUUUCCGUAUAUCGAAGCAUGUAUUUAUCCAUUCAAUUCUAUCUAUCUACCUACCUACCUAUCUAUCUAUUGUAUCUACCUAUUCCAGUCUCUAUCCAUCUACCCCAACCCUCUCUCUCCCUCUCUGUCUAUCUAUCAAUGUAUUUUUUUUCUACCCACCUAUCCCCUCCCUCUAUGUAUGUUUCUCUCCCUGUCUCUCUUUCUUUUUCUCCCUCAUUCCAUCUCUUUCCCUCCCUGCUGUCCUUACCUUGCUCGACCAUUAUCUCUUUAGAGAGCAACUUCCAUUUUCCGAAUUUAACCCUAGCAUGUUCCUACCCAUCCCCUUUGCUUUGCAUUGUAUCCCUAUCUAUCUCUCAGUGCAGCUUUCCUGCUGGCUUCUCGCCCGGGGACAUCCUGUUCUCUCCUUGACUUCAUUUGGCCAUCUUCGCCUAACCAUUUGACAUCCUCCUCCUUCCCAUUCUCGUAUUAAUAAUGUGUGACUUUUUGUGAUGUUUCAAGAUCUAUCUUAUCCAUUUUUAUAUUAUUUUUCAUUAUAUUUUAUUAAAAUUCUAAAUCAGUAUUGAAGACGAUUACAAAAUUAUAUAUUGCAUAUACGUUGCAUUCUAAGCGAUCUGGGGCCGUUUCAUAAAGCUGUUCGUAAGUUAAGAGCGACUUUAAGAACGACCGGUGAACCUUUCUUCCGGGCUAAACCAUCUCCAAUGGUGUAUAGCAUUUACCAAAAGAAAGGAUCACCAGUCGUUCUUAAAGGUGGUCUUAUCUUAUGAACAGCUUUAUGAAACACCCACCUGAAAAUAUGUUAGAGAUAUACCACUGCAAAUGCAUUUUAUCAUAGAUAAAUAAAGGUUUGAAUUGGGUUUUACAUUGUAUACCAAGCUAUGUGUGCAUACCGACAAAAAUAUGAUCCUAGGGUUUAUCCUGUUGGAUACUGAACAAGCGUAUUAUGGUGGCGGUCUUUGAGAAUGUAUCCCGGAAUGUAUUGGGCAAUGGUUCGUUGAAACAGCAGUCCAAUUAUUGUAAUUGCAAUUUUACCAACCCAGGGUUCCGAAAUCUGUUUUGCAAGCAGGCCCUGUUUAGCCCUACUGAACAUGAUAAUUUUUCUUUGUUAAUAAUUAUUUUUAUUUGAAAGAUUCUGCUUAGGGCCUAUGUGACUUUAUCAUGCACAUUGUAAUCUUUGGUAAUAGAAAAAUUGCCUAAAAUUAUGAAAAGCAAGCACUGGCAUCUUAUUAAAACUUCAGUACAUAUUUGGGGGUCUUCACUUUUAUUUCCGUGUUUUCGACGAGGCAUACAAGUUUCAUCAGGCCUUCGUCGUAGAUGGCGUGCUUGAUUAUGAAGUUACGGAGGAAUCAAGAACAGAGUAAAUAUACUGAAAAUUCCCCGUCAAAAUGACAAGGCCGAGCUAGAAAAGUUGUCGAAAAUUUUGUGAACCGGAAAAGCAUGCAGAUUUGUACCAAGUCUAAGAUCUGAAAUGCAAUAUCGUAUUUUAUUUCCAGAAUCAAGGAAUUAACCGCUGUUUUGAUUUACCAACAUUAUCGAGAAAAAAAUGAUUGCUGUUCUUUGUCAUGACGGGUAUUGGUCCAUUUCCUCUGUUCUUGAAUUACGCCGAUGAGCGAAAACACCCUAAUGAUGCAGUCCGACAAAAUGUUAAUUGCUAUUUUGAAAGGUGCAAGGCGACUUCAGUUUUUAUAUCGCAGUUAACUCAUUUGUCCCUUUUCUCAUCCACAUUUUCCGAUUGUUUCGCUUUCUUUUCGAAACUUCAUAAAAAUCAGUGCGGUUCCCCCCCCCCCCCACCCCUCUUGUGCGGCCGCCUUUGGGUAAAAUGCAUAAUUUGGAUUAUUGAAUGGUCUAAAGGUUUAAAUUGAUGGGCAUUGGGGAUUUAUGUAAAUGCAGUCGUUGACGGUAACGUAUUACCACACACACCAACUCAUUAUUCACGAUAUCAGGCUUAUAUUUAACGUGUUUAUAAAUCAUUUUAUUUUACUCCCUAAGGGAACGUGAUAUUUUGCCAUGUGGAUACAAUUAUUUGCUUUCAUAUGUCAUAUAUAUAUUAACACGCAUGUACAUAGAACGGUAACAUUUUAUAACAUUAUAAGGGUGAUUGGUUAAAGUUUUCAGCUGGACUGAAAAAAGGGAACAAACGUUUUAACAGUUUCGUUUUGUUCAUGUCAAGAAGAAGUUGCGGCAGGAAAUACUGCGAUUACCUAAUGAUUUGCUUUCUGUGUAUACUAUAUAUAUGUAUGUAUGUUUAAAAGUAUAAUGGGGACAUUGUUUAUGAAACCAAAUCAGGUCCAAAUGACAUGAAUGCUGUAUCGAUAAUUAUGUUAAGAAAGAAAAUAUUUUUUAAACAGAUAUUGAUGUAUUUAUGAAACAAAUAUUCGAAAUUGUACAUAGAUGUAUUAUAUAAUUGUUAGAAUAUUGUAAACGGUUGGCUAGAUGAGGUGAUUGCCCGAAUUUAUAUUCUAAAAAAAAAUUCUAACAUUUUUGUUGCCUAGAUUGAAGGUAGUCACCUUACACUUUAUUAUGACUUACAAUCUACUUUUUUAAUCAUGAUAUUUUGAAUUUCUAUUCAAAUUACAUUCCUUUCAAACUUGUGUAUCAUCGAAGAUUUGAAAUCAGAAGAAAUGUAUUUUAUUUCCUUCGUUACAUUUCACCAGGAAUUGCAUCGGUGGAGAAUAAAAUAUCCAUUCUGUAUUUAUUUUGGGAGUGUUGUUUCUCCAAAGUAAAUUACUUUAGUGGCAGACAAUCAUGGUAAUGAUGAUUUCCCUUUCAUUUGAAGAGAUUCAUGUGAUUAGGUAAAAAAUUUAAAUUGAAUUGUAAUAAUUUUGUAAGAAAAGACACAAAGCUGCGCAUUGUAUCGUUCUCUUCAAAACGUUCAUGUAACAAAAAUGAAUAAUAUAGUUGAUUUUAUAUUUUGGCAUUAUAUUUUCAUGCAUCACAUGAGGUAUUUUAAGAGGUGUAUAUUUAGAGCAAUUGACAAGUGGCAAAGAUUUAUAAAUAUUGAAACAAAAUAGUUUGCUUAGUUUAACAAUCACUUAUCUGUGUU